CACACACACGGACACGGACACGCGCGGUGCGUGCGCGCAGCCCGCCGAGGUAAGUCCAGCCCCCAGCAUCCAGCGGGGCCAUCCUUCUGCUGCUGGAUUUUUCCAGCCGGAGCAUCCUGCCGGCUCUGCCGUGAUUUAUGGAGAGCGGUUUCUGACGCGGGGCUUUUUCUAUUACGACACGGACCCACGGACUGGAGAAGGCAAAGCUGCAGUCAGGGCAGAAGUGAGGGAGGGGAAGAGGCGGGAGCACAGGGACACGGAGUGGAGAGGACAGAGGGAGAAACAGGCACCGAGACACUUCAGAGAUGGGUGAGUUAUAACUGAGAGAGCAGGAGGAAAGGCAGAGAAAGGCAGAGAAGGAGAGCCGUGAGGAAAAGAAAGGGAAAGGAGAUCAGAGACUGAGUCAGCCUCCAGAGGGCAAACACCAGGAGACGAGUUCAGGGAACACCCCAGCACACCAAGAAGGACCUGUUCUGUCUGAAUCUUCACCAUGAGCACAAGGAAGAGUUGCCCCCCGGCACUGGGGCAAGGAGACCAGGAGGAGAAGCAGAGCGAGGGUGCUCCCGACCUGGAGCGACAGGAGUGUGAGAUGGAGCUGAGGAACAAAGCUAUUCUGCAACAGAAGAGGCGCCUCAAACAGGCCACCCAGUUCGUGCACAAGGACUCUGCUGAUCUGCUGCCCCUGGAUGGCUUGACAAGGCUUGGCACCUCCAAGGAUCUGCAGCCUCACAGCGUGGUCCAGCGGCGCCUCUUGGAAGGCAACCUGAACAAGCUGCGGGGCGAGGCCAGGGGUCUGUCUGCACGGGUUCAAUCUCCGCUGGCCAAGGACCAGGAUGACAAGAUGGAAAAGGGAGAGGACAGGAGAAAAGAGGCUUCAGCCCUGCUAAUACAGUGCCAGUGCCAAGGUCAGGUAUUGAAAGCAACAGUUAACACUGGGUGUCUACCAAACCUCAUCUCCAAGAGGUGUUUAAACCAGCUGGGGCUGGAAGAAGUGUCUGCCAUGGACUGUGGAGACCUCUCUCCUCCCAUCCCCAGCGUUGUUGGCCGAGUAGAACAUCUGGAGUUGCAAUUUGGCCAGGAGACAGUGCUGUGUUCAGCACUGGUUGUAGAUGAUGAAAUGCUGGAGUUUUGCAUUGGCCUCCAGACUCUGUUGUCUCUUAAGUGUUGCAUCGACUUGGAGGAAGGAGUGCUGAGAUUUAAAGCACUGAGUGAGGAGCUGCCUUUUCUACAUGCCUCUGAAGAGCCUGGUCAGUGACUGGCUGCAUUCCCCAUGUCUGGAGACUUGCUGCCAUGAGAGAGAGAGAGAGAUGAGGGUGAGGCUCCCAUGCCCCAAACCUUGCUGAGUUCUAGGCUGAGGCAUUCAAUGGGGAGUGAGAAAAAGGCAAGUGGGUGCUGGAAGCUGUCACUGGGAGUGCCUCAACUUGAGAUAUCCCUCCUUUCAGUGGACCCUCUUGCUUGUCCUGAUGUGCCAAGUGGGCAUUUUGUUCUUGUUCUGCUAUUUGGCCCUAGUCACUCCAAUUUCUGGUUCUGUAAUAAAUUUAUGCUACCCCUUUAAUGACUUUACAACACACUCUGUUCACAAGAGAGUCUCUGUGAACAAUCUAUCUCCAGUUGUUCUGUUGACAGGAGAACAGCGUUUUCUUCAAAGACCUCCAAAGAUUACCACAAAUGUUUCCCUUCUCAUUGCCUCAAUGCCAGCGUACACCAGUCCUGUUUCUUUGUCAGAAGGGCUCUGUUCCCUUUGUUUGUACUCUGGGAAGCUGGAUUUUGCUGCUUUUUGCUGGCUCAGAGCAGAACAGAAGUAUUUUCUUGGGAAAACUGUGGCAAAAACAGUUUUAGAGCUCUCAGUUCUAAGAAAUCUUCACAGAAAUGUUGAGUGCAGACACCUAAAGGACUGACAGGGGCUUGGGCUUUGCCAUUGCAUCUCUGGGCACCAAGCUAUAUUAUAUGAAUGGCAAUGCUUACCAUUUCUUGGUGCACACCCUGUUCUUCUGGCCAGGCCACUCCUCUCUGCACUCCAGCGGCUAGAGCUGCGUCCCUGUUCCCUCUGCUGCUUCAUCAGAGAUCCUGCCACUCAGUUUAAAUGCUGAGAUGAAUUACAGCACCAAGUCUUCUGCUCUGUCAGCUCCCUUCUUCCAACUUGAAAUCCAGUGAUUAAACACAGACACAUCAUCAGCCUUGAGUCCUGGCAUCACACAGUCCAUCAACUUUGCUUCUCUUGCACCAAAUGAGAAUUUGUAGCAUCAGCUCUGGUUAGUAAGCUGUGAACUCAUCUGGAAUGUUAAAGGUGAUUAUUAAGUCACUUAACAAUUGGGUUUAUUUGAUUUCUUUAAUUCCUUUUUAAUUUUCAUACUAAAUCAUAGCUAUAUUAAAAAUACAUAAUCUAUUCUUAACUAGUUCUUGGAAAAAUGCACCAGAUCAGGGCUUGUUCCAUGCCUCAUGGCUACUGAUUCACUGUCCAAACUGCAAACUAUACCUUUAUCCACCUUUAAAAGGCAAUGACAAGCCCAUUUGGCCUAUUUUCCUGGAUUAAACACUACUGACUCUCUUCCUUUUUUAUCAAACUGGUCAUUGUCCCUGUUGUGCUUCUCAAAAAACGUUUGUAUGCAUUUUUGCCUUUUUUUUUUGUUAGUUCUUUUCUCUACUAGUUUAACACAUGCUAAGGACAUCAGAGUAAAGCCUGGCUGAUAUGAUUUGGGAUUCACUUACCAGUGAUGGUUGGCGUGACUGGCAUCUGCUGCUCCCACAAGGAGCAGCAGACUUUUACUGUUAGUCAUCAUAUCUUGCAGCUUCUGAUACAUUCCUUGACAUCUCUGCCACUCUUCUACUUGUGCAUCUGACUAUUUCUGGCUGCAUGAACUGCUUUCCAUGAAUCUCUCGAGUGACACCAAUGGUUCUUUCAUUUAGUCAGGAAAGCAUGCCUGCUCCAUGAGCCUGUCUUCCAAAGCAGCAGUAAUUCCUCCUGGAUUUGUAUCACUUGCAUGCCUGACUGGCUUCUCAAAUCCCUAUCAAGGGGUCUAGACAGCUCACACUUGUACUAAACCAUCUUGUAUUCUAGCUGCAGUCUAUGUGGUGCCUGGGCCAAUUCUGCUGACAAAAUCUUGCUUGUGAUAGGCAAAACACCUGUUGCUAUAUGCAUCAACUCACCCAGUUUCCAAAUCCCACUGCCCUCUAAAAACAGCAUGUAGAACAAGGGCAAAUAGUCCAUACAUACAGAUACCAUGUCCACUACAUAUCUUAUUAAUUUCUAUGAUCUAUUAAAAAAACCCUCUAAAUCACAACCCAAAAGCUGACUUCAGCCCCUAACCCAAAUAAUAAACCCUAACAAUGACACUAAAUCUAAGAUGUAAGGCCCUAAAUCCUAAUCCUAAAUUUAACUCCUAAAACAAACUCUAAAAUUUAAUGCUAAUUUUAACACCCAAAUCAAAUCUCCACCUCCUAACUAUAAAACGAAACAUUAAAAAUAACGCCCUAAAUUUAACACUGUAACCCCAACAUUUACAGUGUGACUUUAAACCCAAAACAGAAACCUAAUCAUAAAGACAUUAACUAUAAACCCUAAUCCCAAAACCUAACCAUAAUCCCCAACCCUAAUGCUAACCAUGAAGCUAAUCCCAACCCCUAAACAUAAACUCCAAGGCCUAAACCUCACCCCUAUCUCUAAACCGCAAACCAUGUAACAAAACCUAACCCCUAACCCCAACUCUAAACAUAUCCCUACACCUACCCACAAGCACCUAACCCAUUUUCCUCACCCUGCACCUACCCACAACCACCU